AUGGACGCGGCUUCGGAACGGGGCCCCGGGCCGGAGGAGGCGGCCGGGAAGGGGAAGGAGGAGGAGGAGGAGGAGGAGGAAGAGGCGGCGGUGUACGUGGAGGUGUGCGGCUCGGCCCGGAGGCACGGCGCGGAGAGCGGAGCCCGAGGGAGCGGGGAUGCGGGCGGCGGCGCGGCGGGCAGGGCUGCGGGGGCAGCAUCCCCCGAGGGGACGGGCACCCCGCCGCAUCGCCCCCAGCGCCAGGACCCGGCAGGAUGCGGCUCCGGCUCCGGGGGGGCGGCCGGGACCCCCGGCGGGCGGCUGGAGCCUUCCUCCUCCUCCUCCUCGUCCUCGUCCUGCUGCCCCUGGCCGGGCAGCAAGGCGGGCGGCCGUGCCUCCGCGGGGGAGCCGGCUCCGACGGAGGGCAAAGCCUCCUCCUCCUCCUCCCUCGGGUACGAGAGCGAGGGGGAGGACGGCGCGGGGCGCGGGGAGGCCCUGCCCGGCCGCCCCCCCGGGGCGCCCCCCGUCGGGGGGGACGAGGCGCACUACAUCAGCACGCGGGAGAUCCAGCUGAGCGAGGUGGACCACGACAUGGACUUCGACGCCGGGCUGGCCGCCCGCUGGGACUUCGAGGACGACAACGUGAUCUACUCCUUCGUGGACUACGCCUCCUUCGGCAGCGCCGAGACGCCGGGGGACACGCCGACGGAGGAGGACAAUAGCUGCUACCUCAGCACGACCACCAGCGAGCCCAACAACCCGACGGACAGCGCCGACAACGCCAGCGGCGCCGAGAUCGCCAGCAGUCGCUCGGAAAACGAUACCCCCGGCGGGGACAAGUGCGACGGCUCGGAGGCGAGCCGGCCCCGGCGGCCGGGCGGCCCGGCAGAGAGCCCCGCGGGCCAGCUUCUCCUAUCAAUCAAAGCCGCUUCCCGGGCUAUAAAUGAGCCUAGCAACGGGCAGGAAAAGCAAAACGCCGUCCACGCUGCCAAGCAUGAAGGCGACAUGAGCCUCCGUGUCCCCACCGCCCCUGAACGCGAGGCGAGCCGCGGGCAGGACGCCGUCCACCACCACCACCACCACCACCACCACCACCAGCAGCAGCAGCAGCAGGCGAAGAAAUUCAUCGCGGUGCCGGCGCGGCUGCAGAGCGGCUGCGGGGCCGUGCGGGCGAAGGAGGUGGGCGAGUACUCGAGCGGCGCCUCCAGCGCCGUCAGCGAGCUGGACGAUGCCGACAAGGAGGUGCGGACCCUGACGGCCAGGGCUUUCCGCAGCCUGGCGUACCCCUACUUCGACGCCCUCGCCCUCGGCUCCCGAGCCUCCUCCGCCUCGCUGCCCGACCAUGCGCUGGGCUCCAGCCGCUGGUCCACCUACCUGGACCUCAAGUGCGGCAGCCUGGGGCCGAGGGCCGAGCCCGGCCUGCCGCAGCUCUGCCUCCGCUCCGGCAAGGCGCAGCCCAAAGCCCUGGAGUUCGUGGUCAGCAAGCUGGACGGCGAGAUCGCGCACGUCGAGGCGCCGCCGCGGGGGACGAGCAAGAAGUCGCAGUUCGCCUCCAGCCUCCUCAAGAACGUCAUCUCCAAGAAGAUGCAGCUGGAGCACGAGUUCAAGAUGGAGCGCGGCGAGAUCUCCGACACCUCCUCGGCGGCGACGGACCGGGACCGGGACCGGGACCGGGAGCGGCCGCGGGAGGGCGGCGUGCAGCGGCAGAGCUCCCGGCACUCGGAGGGCGGCUCGGAGCCGGGCGUGCAGGCGGCUGAGGAGGCUGCGGAGGGCGGCGGGGGAAGGUCGCCGGCAUCCAAGGCCUCGACGCCCCGCGAAGGGAGCCGCAGCCUCGACAGGGCGGCCGCGGAGGAGCCCCGCGAGGCUCGCCGGGGAGGCUCGGAGGCGGCCAGGGCCACCACCUUCCUCCGCAGCCACAACAGCGCCUUCAGGACCUGGAAGGAGCGGGAGGCGGAGAAGAAGGAGGAGCGGGCGCCCGUCGGAGGGCUCAAGCCGUCCCCGCGGCGCGACCCCCCCGGCGGCAGGGCCACCAAAACGUCCCGUCUCUUCGUCCCCGCCGUCCAGCCGGCCACCGGCCCGGAGCCCAAGGAGCCCGGCGGCCCGGGGGGGGUCUCCGCCUCGCCCCCCGCCGCCAAGCCCCGCGGCGCCGAGCUGCAGAUCAGCCUGGGGGGCCGCGACCCGCCCUUCCCCAUCGCCGAGCUGCUCACGCCGCAGCUGGGGGGCCGCCCCGUCGAGGAGGGCCGGGGCCAGCCGCCCAAAGCACCCAAGGGCGACGGUGCCGACAGGGUGCCGCAGUUCCUUGUGCGCGACGUGCGGGAGGGCAAGGGCAAAAGCCAGGCCCCCCUGCACCAGGUGCGGGACGUGCGGAAGCUGAUCAAAAGCUCCUACAGCGGCGACUCCGGGGAUAACAGCAGCGACAAGGGCAGCGUCGCCUCCGACCAGGGGGGCGCGGAACACAAGCCUCGGCAGCUGGUGAUCGCGGGCAUCCCCCGAGCCCUGUCCCCCGUGGUCAUCACCUGCCAGGCGCUGGGACACGCCGGGGCCAAGGCCACCGACGGCGGGGGCAAGGCGGCGGCGGCGGCGGCAGCGGGGGGCCGGGCGCUGGGCUGCCCGCCGGAGGGCACCGUCCUGGUGCACCGCACGUCGGGGCGGCUGCCGGUGGCCACCAUCGCCCCCAACAAGAGCGACCCCCGGCAGCCGGCCGUGCUGAAGAUCGUCGCCAAGGCCGGGGCGCCCUGGCGGCACCAGCAGCCCCCCGGGGCCGCCGACAAGGGCCGGGGGCCGGCGGCGGCGGGGGGGGGAGGCGGCGGCGAGGAGGACCCUCGGGAGGAAGGCAAGGCGGCGCCGGUGCAGAACGCGCUGGAGAAGCUGACGGCGGCGGUGCGCAGCAUGGAGGAGCUGUACAGCUUCAGCAAGCGCGAGUGGAAGCGCAAGAGCGACCCGCUGCCCAUCACCGGCAGCCACGUCCUGUCCCUCAUCGCCAGCCAGGAGCGCGACGCCGGCCCCCGGCCGCCCCCCGCCCCGGAGCCGCCCCCCAAGGCGGGGGAGCCGCCGCCGCCCCCCAAGGGCCCGGCCCCGACGGGCGCCGAGCGCCUGCCCCGCCGCCCCGCCAACCCCGCCGCCACCUCCGACAAGGUGUCGGCCAAGGCGGCCGCCUUCGAGAGCCUGGCCCGGCAGCGGCAGCGCGGCCCCGCUCCCCCCCGCGCCCUCCUCGCCCUCCGCGGCCCCACCGCCGCCUCCGCCGCCGCCCCGCCGCCGGCCAAGGCGCCCCCCGACGUGGGGCUGCGGGGCCCGGCGGCGCCGCGCUCCCUGCUCCGCCUGCCCGCGGCCGGCGGCGGGGGGCGGCCGGCGGGGGAGCCCGAGCACGGCCCGGACUGCGGCAGCUACUUGGCCCUGCCCCUCAAGGCGGCCGCCGGCACCGCCGCCCCCCCGACGGCAGCGAGCGGCGGCCGCCCCUCCGCCGUGUCGUCGGUGGCGGCGGCGGCGGCGCUGCGGGGCCUGCAGCCCUUCGGCUCCGCCAAGCCCUCGGGCAGCCCCGGGGGCCCGGCCGCCAACACCGAGGCCUCCACCGCCGCCGCCACCGCAUCCCCAGCGGCCGUCGAGGCCCCGCCGGCUGCCCUCUUCCCGCCGCCGCUGCCACCCUUCGCCGCGCCGCCGCCGCAGCUGCUCUGCUUCUCGCCCUCCGUGCCCGCUGCCGAGCCCCUGCCGCAGCGCAGGGUGCUGCUGGACGUGAGCAGCGGGCAGUACUACCUGCUGGACGCCGCCCCGCAGCAGCCGCCCAAGCGGCGCCUCUUCGACCCCGAGACCGGGCAGUAUGUCGAGGUGCCAGUGCCCACGCCUGCCGUCGCCCCGCUGCCGCUGCCGCUGCCGCCCUUGGCCCUCAACGCUGGCGCCUACGGUGCGGCCUACAUGCUCUACCCCGGCCUGCUGCCCGCCGCCGCCGUGCUGCCCGCCGCCGCCCUGCCACGCCCGCUCUCCCACCCGGGCAGCGAUGGCAGCGCGGCAGCCGAUCCCGGCAGCCCGGCGGUGGAGGCCGAGGGUCCCUACUUCGUGCCCGGCGGCGAAGGCCCGGCCACGGCCUCGACGGCGGCCUCGACGGCCGCGGCCAAGCCGCUGAUCAGCAUCACGGCGCCCGCCGGCGGCCCGCGGCUCGUCGCGCCGCCUUCCUUUGAUGGCACGACCAUGCGGCUGGUGGUGGAGCACCGGUAGGCGGUGGGAAGGGGUCCCACAGGGGUCCCCAAAGGAGGCCAGGGGAGAGCAGUGCCCACACAGUGGCAGGAUCGUGCCUGUGGCCCCUUCUUGUUUUCCCCAUCACACAUGGGCGUGCAAGCGCAGCGUUGCCAUUCACCUGCAUAACGCCCUUCUCCCUCGGCAGGUUUGUUUCUGUAUUUCUGUCUUUCAAUAGCUGCUGCCUCGCAGCUCCCUCUCUUUUCCUGCAUCCUCUUUGCCUCCCAUGCCCCGGCCUCACCUCUGUGUUUGCUUGGGGUCGGUUCUUGCGCUGAAGCAGCAUCAGUAGUUUUGUAUCCCAUACUAAUCCGAGGACAAACAGUUCACCGUUUUUCAUUCCAACUGCUUUCAGAUCGGGUGUUUUCAUUGCAGCAAAGCUGUGCAGAUCAGGGCACGGCUGUGAAAAUCCAGCCGGGUUUCACCGCUUAGCCACAGGCCUUGGGCAGCGCGAAUGAAACGCUGUCCUUCCCAGGCCCCAUUUUCUUCUAACCAGAGCCUGCCUUGAGCUCUCCUUUCUUUCCGCUGCUGUAUUUCAUCCCAUGCUGCACAUCAUCUCUGCCUUCCUUACUUGUUUUCCUCCUUUCCCACAUCUUCACUCACAAACCAUGCCGCUGUGUCAGGGACUUGUCCCUCUUGGCCUUUGUUACCUGUUGGCUCUUGGCAGCACAGUUCUUGCCUGGGUUUCCUGCCACCCUUUUCCUUUCAUACGGAGGGAAAAAAACCACAAGGGAUGCUGAUUUCCAGUUGUAGUAGAACGUACAGCCUGCACUGUUAGGCAAAAACGUCAGCUGACACUGAGAGAUGCUGCACGUUGGCUUCUGAUGCCUUCACGGACGGUUCAGUGAAGCAGCAGGCCAGCUUUAGCGGUAGGGGGGACCGGUCUGUGGGGAACUGCAGGGAACUGAGGAUCGUUUCACACCCCAAGCGUUGGGAUGGGCUCUGCUGACAGCAUAAGGCUGCCUGACCACUCACUUAAAAAAGCUGGCUUGCUGCUCUCUCAUUCUUGGCAGUAGAUUAGGAAAUUAGUAGCAAGAACAUCGUGGCAGAGAAGGAGAUGCUGUGCGCUUCUCUGGAGUAGUGAGGAUUGCUUAAAUGUUUGUGGCAGCUCUCGAAGAAUCAACUUUUUAUUAGUGACCCUUGAAUGUAAUAUUUUUAUACCCCAGUUCUAGAGGAGAGGACAGCAUUUAUUUUUCUUUAAGACUGCUGUCUUUUCUGCAAAAACUGAUGAUUUUGCUGCCAGCAACUAGUUUGUCUCAAUAAAAGAGAAUUACUAACACGAGGGUGAAACUAAACUACACUAGUGUGUUCCUUGCCCCAAAUUUCAGUUCAGAGAAGCACUUUGGGAAGCCCGUAAAUGUAAGAUCAAGCCUAAAUUGUUUUACGUAAAGCUUUCUUGAGGUUGAAAAUUUAAGAUACUAAUGCAAAUCCUAAAAGUCUGUACUUGAGGAUUUGCCACUUGGGAGGUUUUCCUGCACCCAUUUCUAAAUCCUUCCUGCAUAUCCACCAGGUCUGCCUCAUACACCUUCAGAGAUUUGCUGGUAUUUUAGCCAUGCUGAUCUAUUUUACCUGGCAAAACGUUUUUUCUACAUUCAAUUUUCUCACUGAUGGAAGCUGUAUUUCUGAGUGUGAAGGCUUUGCUGGGACUUUCUUCACGUUUUCAUUGCUGUUUUAUAAACUUCAUGAUAAAUUUCUAAGUUGUUUUUUAAGACCCCAUAGGCUGCCUUUUUUGUUCUUUGAGGUGUCCAAAUUAAAAGGGGAUACAUAUGUAGGUCAUUAAACAAGAUCUUUACACCUUGUUUUGUUGCUCAGAUAAGGAGAGUGGCCAGAAACAAAUCCGUUUGGGGAAGGAAUUGACUACUCAAAAAUAUUUCCCGUGUCUUUCAGUUGUGUUCAGUGCCAAAUUCCUAAUGUUCAUUUAAAAGCAGCAUUAAAUUGGCCAGGUUUGCAAAGCAGCUCCAGUUCACUGUGGCUCCAACAUGCGAAGGUAGGGCAGGCCUUUCCCAGAUACUUGUACAGCAAAGGGGAAAAAAGCAUUUAAGUAAUCAGAACCCCAAAUUUCUGCUGCAAUAAUAGCAAGGUUUCUGUAAACGUGUAUUUUUUUUCACACAGAGGAGAAAAAUAACCUGCUUGCUGCUAAGGAAGUUUCAGGGUUUUCUCUUUUUAAAGAAAACCCAAGGUUUUAAUUUCCAUGAGUAACUUGCAAGAUAGAGAGAAAUCAGCUGCGACUGUCUUCAUAUGUGUGCGGUUUUGUUUCAAGGGAGUUUAUUUGUCCACAGGCACAAAUUGAAAUAGCCCUCAGGAUGAAAUGCACAGCAAGAUACAGAUAGUGAGCGAUUUAACGUAUAUCUUCUCAUUUGUCUUCAUCACUGUGGAAAUUUAAUGCAAAAAAUAACAUCCUGAUCCUCACUAAGAGCUUGAAGUGCCCAGCUAGAGCACACAGCGUGUGAGCUUGACUCCCUGCUCCUCAGUCGCGUGGUUCGCAGUUGCAGGCCUUCACUUUCUGCCAGGAUUCUGGCUGAAAGCCUCUUAAAGAAAAUGAAUGCUUCUUCACCAUUUUCACAACAGAAUAAUUCUGUACGCCUUACAAACAGAGCAUCAGCGUUAAGCAGAACAGUACUUGGGACUGCAGGACAGUGCAGGUACCCGAGUAGGUUGUCCACAGGGACAGCAAUGUGUACGGUACGUUUGUUACAAUGCCAGCAUCUGUAUUCAAACAAUAUUUGCCUCCUAUCUCUUCCUGUAUCGGUGCUCGGAGCGAAGUUUCACAUUGCAGUUUACAAGAUACAGGUUUACACACACAAACUCAGGGUUUACAGUUCCACCCGGUGUACUUGAAAGGAAAAAAAAUGCCUAGAAAACAAGUGCCCAGGAUUUCAACGUGUGUUUGUUGGAGGAAGAUUUUGUAGGGACUUUUUUUGUUCUUUAGCUGCCUAUAGAGAUGAGAGCAAUGAAACGAGGCAAUACCAACAGCUAUUUAUUUUCUCAGGGGAGAUUUCUUCAGGGGAGUGUGUCACUUCUAAUGUCAAACCAUGUUUGCUUGGCUUUGUCGAUGACUGAACAGACCCCGUGUUUGCAUGGAGGAGGGUCGGUUUUGCAAGGAGCUGAGCUUCCCAGACCCAGUCCAGCAAAGCCCUCACAUGCACCCCAACUUCAGACACCCACGGGGAUUCCUGGGGGCCCUGGUGGUUGCCCACCGGUGCAACGCUUCGCUGAACUCGGCCCAGGGCGCUGGGCGCCUUGCAGACCCAGGUACCCGAUCACCUGGGUGAGAGCAGCCAAAAUUCACCCCCUGCGCUCAGCUGGGCAAAUCCCGUCCGCCACUUGAGCUCCAGGUCUGCGUCUUCCCGAAUUUUAGGUCGGCAUCGGUUUAAAUGACGAGGCGGGACGGGAGGGAUGCGUGAGUGUUGUUCUGGCCCUUUGCAGUGGGGCCGGUUUCACUUGGUUAAAAUUACUCCUUGGUGAAUGAUUUAAAAUGUAUUUAUGGGUUGUGUGUGUGUGUGUGUGUGCGUGUGUUUUUUUUUUUUUUUCCUGUCUGCAUUCAGAGGUGCCUUUACUAUCUAGUGUUGAUGGCCAAGUGUCAUUCCUUAUUCUCAUAAAUUACUUGUGGCUACCCCAGAACACAUAGAGUAUUUUAAAAAUGCUUGUGUUUUUUCCCCCUUUUUCUGUGUUAUUAUUUUUUUCUUUUUGUUUUCCUUUUUUCCCCCCUGUUUAAGGGGGUGGGUUAUCAGUGUAAAGACAUUUAAAAGUGCACAUGUGAAGUAAGGACAGCGACUGUUAAGGGAAUGUGGGUGGUGUGGCUGAUGGGAGAGCGGUGGGUUAUAAGGCAAACAGGAAAAUGCCGUGAAAGCAGUGGGUGGAUAAAAAGAAAAAAAGCUAUAUAAUCGGAGAAAAAUGGACUCUCUGAGCUGCUUUCAACGUAGAUGACACUGUGGGGUGUGUGCAGUCGAAGCCUGGAGCGGUCCCACUGUGAGGACGCCGUGCGGCUCCAAGAAUUGCACUAGCGGCGUGCUGCAUGUCGGGGACGCUUCGUGACGCCGGGAUUGUGUGAGAACAGACUGGUUGGAACCGCUGGAUACCAAAGGUUGUAGCGGAAUGAGUAAGCAUUUGUAUUAUUGGGUGGGUUUUUUGUUUUGUUUUGUGUUGUUGUUUUUUGAACGUUAUGACAAAUAAAAUGUAUUUUUCAGUAAAAGACA